AUGGCUUCAAGUCCACCCAAGAAGACUUUAAACUCACAAUCCUCCUCCUUAAGCCGGCCUCCACAAGCCGUCAAGUUUGGUCGCCGGACGUCCAGUGGCCGCAUUGUUAGCCUCUCCCGCGACGAUGACAUGGACGUCCCUGGCGAUUCCUCCAGCCAAACUGAUUACAUCAACUACACCGUCCACAUGCCUCCUACACCUGACAACCAACCCGCUGGCUCCACCUCUGGUGGUGGCCCCAAGAACAAGAUGGAGAGGAGAUUAUCCGUCAUGAAAUCUAAUAACAAGUCAAUGUUGUUGAGGAGCCAAACAGGAGACUUUGAUCAUAACAGGUGGUUGUUUGAAUCUAAAGGCAAGUACGGUAUAGGAAACGCGUAUUGGUCAGAAGAGGAUGAAAACUAUGACGGUGGUGUGAACAUGUCUGAUUUUUUCGACAAACCAUGGAAGCCUCUCACCAGAAAAGUUCAGAUUCCAGCCAAAAUUCUUAGUCCUUACAGGUUAUUAAUCGUAUGUCGUCUUGUGGUACUCUUCUUCUUCCUCUGGUGGCGUAUUGCGAAUCCUAACGAGGAUGCAAUGUGGCUAUGGGGACUAUCUAUAGUUUGCGAGCUUUGGUUCGCUUUCUCUUGGAUUCUUGAUAUUCUUCCAAAGCUAAACCCUAUAAACAGAGCCACUGACCUUGCUGCCUUGCAUGACAAGUUUGAGCAACCUUCUCCUUCAAACCCUACUGGUCGCUCUGAUCUUCCUGGUGUUGAUGUGUUUGUUUCCACUGCUGACCCGGAUAAAGAACCUCCUUUAGUUACCGCAAACACCCUUCUCUCGAUCCUCGCUGUAGAUUACCCAAUAGAGAAGCUUUCAGCUUACAUUUCAGAUGAUGGUGGUGCAAUUCUCACCUUUGAAGCCAUGGCUGAAGCUGUUCGCUUUGCUGAGUAUUGGGUACCAUUUUGUAGAAAACAUGACAUAGAGCCAAGGAACCCGGAUAGUUACUUCAACCUCAAGAAAGACCCGACAAAGAACAAGAAAAAGCCAGAUUUUGUUAAAGAUCGUCGUUGGGUCAAGCGUGAGUAUGAUGAGUUCAAGGUCAGGAUCAACGGUCUUCCGGACCAAAUCAAGAAAAGAGCUGAGCAGUUCAACAUGAGAGAAGAGCUCAAGGAGAAGCGUAUUGCCAAAGAGAAAAAUGGCGGUGUACUGCCGCCUGAUGGUGUUGAGGUGGUGAAAGCAACGUGGAUGGCUGAUGGUACACAUUGGCCAGGGACGUGGUUUGAACCUAAACCUGACCAUUCAAAAGGAGACCAUGCCGGAAUCCUACAGAUUAUGAGUAAAGUACCUGAGCUUGAACCGGUGAUGGGCGGACCUAAUGAAGGUGCAUUGGACUUCACUGGGAUUGAUAUUCGAGUACCGAUGUUUGCAUAUGUGUCACGUGAGAAACGUCCAGGUUUUGACCAUAACAAGAAAGCUGGUGCUAUGAAUGGUAUGGUUAGAGCUUCAGCCAUAUUAUCCAACGGUGCAUUCAUCCUUAACUUGGAUUGUGAUCACUACAUAUACAAUUCCAAAGCUAUCAAAGAAGGAAUGUGUUUCAUGAUGGACCGAGGUGGUGAUCGAAUCUGUUACAUUCAGUUUCCACAAAGGUUUGAAGGAAUUGAUCCAUCUGAUCGUUAUGCAAAUCACAAUACUGUCUUCUUUGACGGUAACAUGAGAGCAUUAGAUGGGUUACAAGGACCGGUCUAUGUGGGAACAGGGUGUAUGUUCCGAAGGUAUGCUCUCUAUGGAUUCAACCCACCUCGAGCAAACGAGUACUCAGGGGUGUUUGGUCAAGAUAAAGCCCCGGCUAUGUAUGUCCGGACUCAGUCUGGCGCGUCCCAAAAUUCCCAAAAUUCUCAAGCAUCUGAUAUAGAGUCCGAUACACAACCUCUUACCGAUGAUCCAGAUCUUGGUCUACCUAAAAAAUUUGGUAACUCGACCGUGUUCACUGACACUAUCCCAGUUGCGGAGUACCAAGGACGGCCUCUAGCAGAUCACAUGUCAGUUAAAAACGGAAGACCGCCCGGUGCUUUGCUCCUCCCUCGACCUCCCCUUGAUGCUCCUACCGUAGCUGAAGCCAUCGCUGUCAUUUCCUGCUGGUAUGAAGAUAAUACAGAAUGGGGAGAUAGAAUAGGAUGGAUCUACGGGUCGGUAACCGAAGACGUGGUGACGGGCUACCGUAUGCAUAACCGUGGUUGGCGGUCCGUUUACUGCAUCACAAAGCGUGACGCAUUCCGCGGCACAGCUCCAAUAAAUCUCACUGACCGUCUCCACCAAGUCCUCCGUUGGGCCACAGGCUCAGUAGAGAUCUUCUUCUCCAAAAACAACGCGAUUUUCGCCACCAGACGGCUCAAGUUUCUCCAGAGAAUCGCCUACCUCAACGUCGGUAUCUACCCUUUCACCUCCAUCUUCUUGGUCGUCUACUGCUUCCUCCCAGCUCUCUGUCUCUUCUCCGGAAAAUUCAUCGUCCAAAGCCUCGACAUUCAUUUCCUCUCCUACCUCCUCUGCAUCACCAUUACCUUAACCCUAAUCUCCCUCCUCGAGGUCAAAUGGUCAGGUAUAGGACUCGAAGAAUGGUGGAGAAACGAACAGUUUUGGCUUAUAGGUGGCACGAGCGCUCAUCUCGCAGCAGUUGUCCAGGGGUUCCUCAAAGUGAUAGCUGGAAUCGAAAUCUCUUUCACCUUGACAUCUAAAUCAGCAGGAGAAGACGAAGAUGACGUGUUUGCGGAUCUUUACAUUGUGAAGUGGACGGGGUUGUUCAUCAUGCCUUUAACGAUUAUUGUAGUGAACCUCGUUGCGAUUGUGAUAGGAGCUUCGAGGACGAUAUAUAGUGUGAUUCCGCAGUGGAACAAGUUGCUAGGAGGGAUGUUCUUUAGUAUGUGGGUUUUGACUCAUAUGUAUCCGUUUGCUAAAGGGUUGAUGGGUCGGAGAGGAAAGGUUCCGACCAUUGUUUAUGUUUGGUCAGGGCUUGUGUCGAUCACUGUAUCGCUGCUUUGGAUCACGAUUAGUCCUCCAGAUGAUGUUACAGGUGGUGGAGGAAUAUCAGUGUAA